AUAAAGUAAUUUGGACAUACAUAACAUAUAGACCACAAUCUGAAACAUUUAAUAGCAUCAAACAUGUUUCUCGGAGGUUUUAUAUUUUGCUGCUUGUUUGUUAUUAGCAUAGCACAGGAUGAGACUAAUAAUAAGCUUUUUCCCGAACACUUCCUGUUUGGUGCAGCCACAGCUUCCUAUCAAAUAGAAGGUGCAUGGGAUGAAGAUGGCAAAGGUGAAAAUAUUUGGGAUCGCUAUACGCACACUCAUCCUGAAUUAAUUGCUAAUAACGACACAGGAGAUGUAGCUUGUGAUUCCUAUCACAAGUACAAAGAAGACGUGGCUAUGUUGAAAGAAUUAGGUGUUGAUUAUUAUCGAUUUUCUCUAUCCUGGUCAAGGAUACUUCCUACAGGGUUUGUAAAUAAAAUAAAUCUUCCCGGAGUAACGUACUACAAGAACCUAAUCAAAGAACUAAAAGACAACGGCAUCGAGCCCCUGAUCACCUUAUACCACUGGGACCUGCCGCAACCGUUACAGGACUUAGGAGGAUGGACAAGUGAGUUCGUAGUGGAAGCUUUCGCAGAAUACGCGAGGCUAUCCUUCGAACUCUUUGGAGACGACGUGAAAUACUGGUUAACUUUUAACGAACCCAAACAAACUUGUUUAGAUGGUUAUGGCCAAGGAUCUACUGCCCCAGGAAUUGCAUCGCCAGGAUUAGGGGAAUAUAUAUGUGCUCAUCAUGUACUCAAGGCCCAUGCUAGGGCUUGGCAUAUAUAUGACCAAGAAUUUAGAACUACGCAAAAUGGACAAGUAUCAAUCACUAUUGAUACUAUGUGGUGUGAACCUGCUACCGACAGUGAAGAAGAUGUCGCUGCAGCUGAAAAAGCAUUACAAUUCACUUAUGGAUGGUACGCAAAUGCCAUUUAUAACAGCGACUACCCAGAAAUAAUGAAGACUCGCAUUGCAGAACGUAGUUUAGCUGAAGGCUUCAACCAGUCCCGUCUUCCAUCAUUCACAGACGAAGAAAUCUCCUACAUUAGCGGCACUUUCGAUUACAUGGGUAUUAAUAUGUAUACUUCGAUCCUAGUAGAAGCUGUGGACGAAGUACCAGUGGGAGAACCAAAUUACAAUUAUGAUAUGGGUAUUAAGAGCUCCCAGUCAGAUGAUUGGGAGUCGUGCUCCAUUUAUUGGUUGAAGAUUACUCCAUGGGGAAUCAGAAAACUUUUAAACUGGUUGAAGGAGACAUACAACAAUCCAGCAAUUAUAAUUACAGAGAAUGGUGUCACCGAUGACGGUUCCACCUUAGAAGAUGAGCAGAGAGUCCGUUUUUACCGGGAUUAUCUCAGCAAUGUAAGAAGUGCUAUGGAGGAUGGAGUGAAUGUAAUUGGCUACACUGCAUGGAGUCUUAUGGAUAACCUCGAGUGGCGACAGGGUUACACGCAAAAAUUCGGGCUCUUCCAUGUAGAUUUUGACGACAUUAAUAGGACUAGGACGCCCAAAAUUUCUGUGGCUUACUAUAAGAAAGUUGUCGAGACCCAUUGCUUAGUAGAUACUUGUGAGGAAUAAACAAAUAUUUAGAUAUGUUGUUUUGUAGUUACUUUCAAAUAAAACUAAAAAAGCAA